GUUAAGGAGUUCCACUCCACCACAGCCAGUUUGGUUGAAAUAAAUUAUAUCCCAUCUCCACUUCUCUCUCCCACACGAGUCGUAAAACCCUCGAGCCCGUUUGGGAGAACUGAGAACCCCGAGAGAAUGGCGGUCCGUCUUGUUAUCUUCAGAUCAACGGCGGCAAUCCGGUGGUUCUCUUCGGCAUCUUCUGCCGCUGCUGCGGCCGCUGUUACCAAUAAUAAAUCAGAAAAUCCUUUUAGCAACCUGUGGGACGUGAAAGUCAAGUUAGACUAUGACACUAACAAUAACACAAAAACAAAAGGGACAUCAAUUGGUGAAUGGACCAACCAUGGAAAGCCAGUUCAAAGGUCCGAUAUCCUCACCCAAAUCUGGAAGAAGAAUACCUUUCUGCCCUACAGGCAAUUUUUCUCUGCUGAAUUGAUUUAUUUAUUUUUUCUUCUUCUUAACUCUGUUCGUGUUGGUCUUACUGGAGAAGAAAGUUCCAAUGGUUUUUCAAUGAAUAUUAGUUUUGAUUGUAGUGACUGUGGCUUGUUUUAUCGUGUUUCCUCAUAAAAAAUGUGUCUUUAUGGUUUCUAGGUGUGAAUUGUCAAGGUAGUAGUAAAUUGUUGGAAUGCAGAUACUAUGCUCCUUUUCGUCAUUGGUUGUAAUAGAAUGGAAGUUUGGUUUUUUUUACAAGUAAACUAAGACGCUGUAUUUUGAUGGACUGGUGUGUUCUUGGUUGGCUUGCUUAUGUUAGAAGUAUAGAUCAAGCUUGAAUUGGGAAAAAAUUUUUUUAGUAUUCGGUAAUUGAUUGUAUAGUACUUUGUUAUUUGGUCUAGCUUAAUGAUUUCCUAGUCGGCUUUUGAUAGUUACUAUUUGUUGGUUUAGGAUAAUUUAGUUUCUAUAUUAAAAGAUCUUUGAGGUUAAGUUAGUUGGAGGUGAAGUGUUAACCUUGGCAAGGCUAAAGACUAGAGAGUUGAGAUGGAAUACAAAACACCAAGAAACCUGUAUAGCCGUCAAAGGCAGAGUUGGGUCUCAUAAGAACCAGUUGUGGUCGGUGAGGGAAUUAGGCGGCUGCAAUGUCAUGAGUUUUGAAAUAAGAAAGAAUCAGUUGUCAAUAUGAGGUAAAAUAGUUUGGUGUGAUAAGUGAUAUUGUUGCAUCUGAGAACAUAAUCGAGCUUUGUUAAUAGAUCUGAAAUUCGACCAUAGCUUAUUUCGCUUUAAGGCUAAGAAAUUUUUCGGGGGAGGGAAUGUAAAUUAGAAGAGCAAAAGAGAGCGUAUUGGUGUUGAAUUUGCUCCUCUUAGCAUGAACACUCGUUCUAUAUUUGCCUUCUUUAUUCUUACAGCUCAGUUUCAUUCUUUCCUUCCGAACAUCAUAACAGUCCACUGCAUGCGUAUAGUAUGUACAUAGCUUAAACCCGUCUCCAUAUCACAAUCCCGAUGCUAACGUAUCUCUAGGAAUUGGGUUCGCGAACGUUUCCCUUAGCAUUUUUGAGAAUAAAACCUCCUGAGAUCAAUUGAGUUGGUUUGUUGAUAUAUAUUAUUCUGCUGUAUUAACCUACGUGUUUGUGUAAGUUGUCCUAAAAUUGAUACCGAAAAUCAAUUUGAGUUCAACAGUUUAGAAUGCUUGUAUACAGGUUUAAAUUAGCAUUUCUCAAUAGCAUUCCUUGAUGUUACUAUUUCUCUAUGAGAAAUAUCAAUAUAUACACUUAAAGCCAAAUGUUCAGGAGCAAGAAGAUCAAUUUGUUAGCUCCUGCCUCAAAUUCCUUUGAAUCAUAAGAAUUGCAGAAGUUGGUUGCUUCAAGUUGAGUUGAGAAUAAUUCGAAUCAUCAGCAGUCAAGAAGUUUGAAAUUUCAACUGUCAGAAUUGCUGGAAAGCAGCAAAAUGCAUAUGACUUAUGCUGACAGAGUUAUAUGGAUAGACCUACUUGCCAGGACUAGAGGCACACAGUCGGCAGAAAUGUAUUUCAAUGGUCUUCAGGAAUCUGAUAAAACACGUGAAGCCUACGGGGUGCUUCUUCACUGUUACUGCAGAGCCAAAAAGUUGGAUAAGGCUCUGGAACUUUUUGGGAAGAUGAAGGAGCUGGAUUAUACUUCCACUUGGGGCUAUAACUCUUUGGCUUCUUUAUUCUUGGGUACUAUGCCUGAACAAAUUCCUUUGCUCGUGCAAGAAAUGGAGCAGAAAAAGUUAAAUGCAGAUAUAGCCACUUACGAUCUGUUAAUCUUAAGCUAUGGUGCUCAAAAGGAUUUCGGUGCAUGUGAGAAAGUUCUUGAAGAUAUGCAAAAGAAGGAUGUAAAAUGUGAAUGGACCAUCUAUGCGAGUCUUGCAGCCAUUUAUGCUUAUGCUGGAAUCCACAGCAAAGCUGCAGAGUUUAUACAUAAAAUGGAGAUGGAAAAUGCGUGUGACCGUAACUAUUUCCACAACCUACUUGGCUUGUACAAAGAUAUGAAAGAUGUGUCAGGAGUUUAUCGUACAUGGAAUGCUCUCAAGUCAAUCUUUCCAAUCCCUAAUAAUGACGACUAUCUCUUGAUGAUGUGCAUUCUUUCUGAGUUGAGUAGCUUGGAAAACCUGGAGACAUGGUUUAAAUCGUGGGAAUCUGGGCAGUUCUUUGAGUAUGAUGUCAGAAUAACUAACGUGGUCUUGGAAGCUUACCUUCUCAGGGACAUGAUUCAGAAAGCCAAAGCUUUCUAUAAAAGUAUGGUGGCAAAAGGGUAUGAUCCAAAUUUAAGAACAAUGGAGUUACUAACCCGCAUUUAUAUGAAGAACUAUCAGAUAAAACCGGCUUUGAAGUAUCUGGAGAUGGGUUCAGCAAUGGUUACUAGGGAGCAGGAUCAAUGGUUUCCUCAACCUGAAACUAUAAAGAUAUUCCUGGAAUAUUUUGAGGGGAGAGAGGACUGGGAUAGAGCCGAGAAGUUCUGUAACAUCUUGAAGAAGCUCAAGAAAAUACCGAGUUGACGGCUAGAAUUUGACGAAUAAGGAUUUGGAAUCAGAAUCAAAGCUACACACCCAACAGUGAUGUGAUUUGACGAAUAAUGCUCUAAGCUUAUUUCAUGUCUGUAUUCUUUAUUACGUCGUGUGUAUGAUAGGGUUGCGCUAGUAUAAUGUUUUGGUACAUUAAGUUUAGCCUAUUUUAAAUUUAUUGUGACAUUCCAAUACAAAACCAGCAACGAUACUGAGGCUGGAAUUUCAUUGUCAAGUCUCAAAAGCACAAAGUUGCUUCUUCCUUAGAUGCCUUAAAAAAGAAGUUGGAUUUGUGCAGACAUGGGAUUUCAUGGCUGUCAUCGAAAAAUGCCCUUCAAAUCUUCAAGGUUACUGGAGGUGACGAUAACAGGAUAGCUCUGGAGGGUUACGCUCAUGAAGAAACCUGCUUUGGAGGCAGAUGAAAGAUGAUCUCGGAUACAUAUGGUGGAUCAUACAACUUUUGCAACAUCUGUAUUCGAAUGCGCCUUCCCUGACAUUGUUUGUUUUAACGAUCAAAGUAACUAAUCACCAAUCCACCUGGGUUUUGCAUUCUUAACCUUUGUUCUUUGCCUGUAACUGUAUCAGUAAAUACAUAACUUAGUCUUGUACAGUUGUUACACAAGUUUUGUGAAGAUCCUGAGGAUACAUUCCUGGUGACCACCAACUCAUAUAUAUUACUCUGAGUGCCUGUCAUCAUGGCAGCAAUGGUGUAAACAAACAAAAUGCUGCAGUUUGAGAUUGCGGAAUAAUAGGCUAGCUGCACGAAUAGUUGGUUGACAGAGUUGCAAGGUACAAAAAGCCAUUUGUCC